UACGUGUCUCACAUGGAUUCAAGUAAGAACUUAAAAAGAUGGAAAUAUUGGAAAAUUGAGAGGAGCCGGAUUCAUUUUUCACAACAUUCGUGCAUAAAACUUAUACGCUUAGUUUUAGUUAUGCACGAAUGGCAAACAAAACCAAAAAAAAAAACAAGAGCCGAUGGCGCUGCAGAUAGACUAUAAAUCCUUAAAGCUAGCUAUUAUGUAUAGUACUAGCUAUAUGUUCAAAUAUUGCAUGGUAGAAAACAUGAAAUUACUCCAAAUGUCGUAAAAGCAAAUUUGUCAAAAGCUUGUUUUUAAAUUUUUGCUCAGUUGGCCCCAGAUUUUACUCACUCUCAUGCUUUUUAAGCCCCCUAUUUAUUGUGCUUCAACCAACAACGAAAUCAAAUACAAUACUUCUCCUGUAUAAAUAAAUGCCUGAUUACUUCAGUCAUUUGCACUAAACAUCUCAUAAACACACAACAAAGAGUUCCUCAAUUAGUAGUUUAAUUUUUUCUCAAUGGCUAAUCCAGGUUUUGCUACAACCUUGGCUAUUUUUCUAACUUUUUUCACAUCUGUAACUUACACUGAGGGUGCACCUCGUGCUUUUUUUGUGUUUGGAGACUCACUAGUUGACAAUGGCAACAACAACUUCUUGGCAACUACUGCACGAGCUGAUUCUCCACCUUAUGGUGUUGAUUAUCCCACUCACCAACCUACUGGCCGUUUUUCUAAUGGCUUUAACAUUCCUGAUCUUAUAAGCCAACAGCUUGGUGCUGAGCCAACAUUGCCGUAUUUGGAUCCUGCUCUUACAGGAAAUAAGUUGCUGGUGGGAGCAAAUUUUGCUUCUGCUGGAAUUGGAAUUCUUAACGAUACUGGGAUUCAAUUUGUGAAUAUAAUAAGAAUGCCCAAUCAACUUCAAUACUUCCAACAAUACCAGGAGAGGGUGAGUGCACUUAUAGGAGAAGAACAAACUCAGAGGCUAGUGAAUGAUGCACUUGUCCUCAUUACACUUGGUGGCAAUGACUAUGUCAACAACUACUUCUUGACUUCAUUUUCCGCCAGAAGUAUUCAAUACAACCUCGAGGAUUACUCUCAUUUCAUUAUUGCCGAGUACCGCAAGAUUUUGAAGAGCCUAUAUGAUCUAGGAGCUCGAAGAGUGCUAGUGACAGGAAGUGGAUCACUGGGUUGUGUCCCAGCUGAGAUAGCCUUUAGGAGUUCGAAUGGGGAAUGCGCAAAGGGACCUCAACAAGCAUCAGCAAUUUACAAUCCACUUCUUGUUGAAAUGAUUAAAAGUCUAAAUCAAGAACUUGGCUCUGAUAUCUUUGUUGCUGUCAAUGCCAUGGAAAUGCAGAAUGACUUCAUCACCAAUCCCCAAGACUACGGGUUUGUUUCAUCAAAGAUAGCAUGUUGUGGACAAGGACCUUACAACGGAAUUGGAUUAUGCACAGCUGCAUCAAAUCUAUGCCCUAACAGAGACGAAUAUGCAUUUUGGGAUAAUUUCCAUCCAUCAGAAAAGGCAAACAAGAUUAUUGUUCAAACAAUUUUUACUGGUUCUGAUAAGUACAUUACACCUAUGAACUUAAGCACCAUUAUGACCAUUGAUUCUGUGUAGUGUGUAGUAGUACUACUUAAGAAUUUGGUACCAAUAAAACAUGUAUUAUACGUGCAAUGUUCCUCUAGGUUGUUGUGUUGUAUCGUUCAUGUGUUUAUGUAUCAGUGCUACUCUUAUAGGCUCAAAACUUUUGUAAUUUUGUUAAAUAGUA